AUGAAGAUCGCCAUCACAGGAGCCCGCGGCACCGUCGGCAAGGAAGUCGUCAAGCUCUGCGCUUCCCAAGGCCACGCCACAGUGCAAAUCGACCGCACCCACCAAGACCCCGACACCUCGACGCCCAACACCGAAAUGCGCACCGCCGACUCAGCCAACGACUACGACGCCUUGCUUAAAGCCUUCAAGGGCUGCGACGCCGUCAUCCACCUAGCCGCCAUCCCCAACCCCGUCGACAAGGACGACCACCUCGUGCACUCCAAUAACGUGUGCGCGGCCUUCAAUGGCAUGCGCGCCGCUGCCGAGCUGGGCAUCCACAAGUUCUGCUAUGCCUCCUCGGUCAACGCCAUUGGACUCGUGUACUCCAACCAGCCGCUCAAGUUCGAUUACUUCCCCAUCGACGAGGAAAUCAACCAGGAUCCUACCGAUGCAUACGCCCUGGCUAAGCAAGAGGCCGAGACGCAGGCGCGGUCCGUGGCGCGCUGGUUUCCCGGCAUGAAGAUUGCUUGCUUGAGGAUUCACCAGGUGGCGCCCAAGAAGGAUGUCGAGAAGGACUAUCAGGAUGAUAACGAGGUGGCGGUUAAGCAGCUUUGGGGGUGGGUGCAUCCACAGGCGACAGCCAGGGCGUGUCUGGCGGCUGUGGAGAAUAGUGAUAAGUUUGAGGGCGCAGAGGUGUUUAAUGUGGUUAGUCCUGAGAGGUGUGUCGUUGGAGAGGAUGCCAAGUUGAGCAAUGAAGAGCUGGUCAAGAAGUAUUGGCCUGAUACCAAGAUUAAGGGGGAUAUUUCGGGGAAUAAGGGGUUCUGGGAUGUGGAAAAGAUUGAGAGGGUGUUGGGGUGGAAGCAUGAGGAGAAGGAGUGA